AUGACGCACCUACCUGCACACCCAAACAGCGGUUCCUGGCUGCCUAGGAGUUACACUAGCUUAUUUAUCGAUAAUAAUAUAAACUUGAAUGCGAGACCAACAUUAUACCCAUACCAGGUAGACUGUACCUCGAACAAGGUUAUUGUUACGACACUAUUUGAUCCUGCUAAACACUACGCCUCGUGGCAACCACCUGAACCUCCACGUCCAUUUCCCCUCCAUGGCAGUAUGAGCGAUCAACAGACGGAUCCAAACAAACCAGCCAAACCUCACGCUGUCCUCACAAACCCCGAGGUACUGAGUAACCCACAUGCAGAUACUGAAGGACCGCCUCCUGAAGAAAUUGAAGCCGAUGAAGAUUUGCUAGUUGAUCUAGAAGACGAUGCGGACGAAAUAUACUUGGUUCACUCUAGAGUAUCGUCCAUGAAGAGCUUGAAGUUAGAACGGUUUAUGAAUAUCGAGGUAUCACUAUUAUUCUACCAUCGUAUGAAAAUAUGUCUUCGCCAGAACCAAAUAACCCGCAUAUAUCUUCCCGAUAACCUCGCACCCACCUUAAAAGAACUUGACCUUUAUGACAACAACAUCUCACACGUGAAAGGCCUGGAUCACGUCGUGAACUUGACAAGCCUCGACCUUAGUUUCAAUGAUAUUAAACAUAUCAAGAAUAUCUCUACACUAGUACACCUAAGGGACCUAUAUUUCAUUCAAAACCGAAUUCAAACAAUCGAAGGGCUGGAAGAGCUCAAAGAAUUGCGGAAUCUGGAGCUUGGUGCGAACAAGAUAAGAGUAUGGCCCAAAACUACCACCAAAUACCUGUUCAGGCCGAUUCAAAAUAUGACGGAAUGUGUUUGGCUGAGAACUGACAAGAUUUUCUUUUGGUAA